UAGUCAAAAAAUUCUACGAUAAACUACUUAUUCCCUCAACAUCCGUGCCUCGUGUGCAGCUAUUAACACAAUGGCAAUUCCACUACCUUCCACGCUUGUCAUCAUAGCCAGCCUAUUUCUUCUCUCCCCAAAAAUUUCCUCUGAAACCAACACCAUCACUCAGCUUCAGCCACUUACCUAUGGAACCAACUUGGUUUCUGAGGGAGGAACCUUCGAGUUAGGUUUCUUCAUCCUAGGUACGUCAAAAAACCUCUACCUAGGAAUAUGGUUCAAAAACAUCCCACAAAAAACCAUUGUUUGGGUUGCCAACCGCAACAAUCCAAUCAAUAACACCAGCAGCAACUCCACCGAGUUAACCAUAUCAAAAGAAGGAAACCUGGUUCUUCUCAGCAGCAACAACACCGUUCACUGGUCAACAAAUGCAACAACAAAAUCUAAAUCGGUCAACGUCGUAGCACGGCUAUUGGAAACCGGCAACUUAGUCGUUAGAGAUGAAAACGACAACAAUUUUGAAAACUACUUGUGGCAAAGCUUUGACUAUCCUUCGGACACACUUUUACCAGGAAUGAAGCUAGGAUGGGAAGUAGCAACAGGUCUCAACAGAUACAUCACUUCUUGGAACAAUUGGGAAGACCCAUCUUCUGGUCAUUUCUCUUAUGGAGUUUCAAGACGAAACGUCCCAGACAUGCAAAUUUGGAACGGUUCAUCAGUGAUCUACCGAAGUGGCCCUUGGAGUGGGUUUCGAUUCAGCGCCACACCGUUAUUUAAGCGUCGUCCAUUGGUUAAUAUCAACUUCGUUGAUAAUCCUAGGGAAAGUUAUUACCAAGUUUUUCCGCGAAAUAGUUCGAUGAUUCUGAGAACGGUGAUUAACCAAACGGCUAACGCUCUUCUGCGUUUCAUUUGGGAGGAAGAAAGUCAAAACUGGAAGCUUGAUUUAGUUAUCCCCAGAGACGGUUUUUGCGGCUAUGACUACUGUGGCUCUUUCGGGUACUGUGCUUUGACGGGUAACACUUCAACUUGCGAGUGUUUACGAGGGUUUAAGCCAAGAUCGGUGGAAAACUGGUGUGCAAAGAUUUGGAAUGAAGGGUGCGUGAAUAGCAGUGAAUCAUGGAGGUGUCGGGUGAAGAACAAAGACGGGUUCGUUAAGGUUAGUAACAUGAAUAUUCCCGACACUAAAACAUCGUGGAUGAAUCGAAGUAUGACAAUUGAUGAAUGCAAGGCUAAGUGUUGGGCAAAUUGUUCGUGCACGGCUUAUGCUAAUUCUGAUAUCACUGAAACUGGAAGUGGUUAUAGCGGUUGCAUCAUCUGGUUCGGCGAUCUGUUGGAUUUGAGAUUGCUUCCAGAUGCAGGGCAAGAUCUAUAUGUCAGAUUGGAUAUCUCCACCAUUGAAAAUAAAGAUUAUUCAAAGAAAGUGGUGAUCGGGGUCACAAGCUCAGUUUCAUCGAUUGUUGCGGUGCUUGUAAUAUUCACAUUCCUUUACCGUAGAAGAAAAGGUAAAGAUAAAAAAGUAAAGAUAAACGGGAGUGAAGAUGAUCUAGAGCUACCUUUGUUCGAUUUUGAUACAAUAGCAUGUGCUACUAAUGACUUCUCAGAGGACCACAUGCUUGGCCAAGGUGGUUUUGGUCCUGUAUACAAAGGGACAUUAUCGGAUGGAAAGAAUGUUGCAGUGAAAAGGCUCUCUGAUACAUCUGCACAAGGACUCAAGGAAUUUAAAAAUGAAGUUAUAUUUUGUUCUAAACUUCAACAUCGGAAUCUUGUCAAAGUUCUUGGAUAUUGCAUUGAAGAACAAGAAAAAUUACUCAUUUAUGAAUACAUGCCAAACAAAAGCUUAAACUUCUUUCUUUUUGAUCAUUCUCAAAGCAUACUCUUAGAUUGGUCUACACGAUUAAAUAUUAUAACUGGAAUUGCUCGAGGACUUCUUUAUCUUCAUCAAGAUUCUAGAUUAAGAAUCAUACACAGAGAUUUAAAAUCGAGCAAUAUCUUGUUAGAUGAUGAUAUGAAUCCAAAGAUUUCUGAUUUUGGAUUAGCAAGAGGAGGUAGAGGUGAUCAGAUUGAAGGGAAUACAAGGAGAGUUGUGGGUACAUAUGGUUAUAUGGCUCCUGAAUAUGCAAUUGGUGGAGUAUUCUCUGUUAAAUCUGAUGUUUAUAGCUUUGGAGUUUUAUUAUUAGAGAUUUUAAGUGGAAAGAAAAACAAAGGAUUUUCCUACUCAAUCCACAACUAUAACCUUAUUGAACAUGCAUGGCGGUGUUGGAAAGAAAGCAUCCCAAUUGAAUUCAUCGAUACUUGUUUAAGGGACUCAUACAUUCUAUCUGAAGCCUUACGAUGUAUUCAUAUUGGUCUUUUAUGCAUACAACAUCAACCUAAUGAUAGACCGAAUAUGACUACUGUAGUUACAAUGUUAACGAGUGAAAGUACUUUACCACAACCCGAAAAACUUGUUUUCUUAAUGCAAAGGGUUCUAGUUGAGGAAGAUGUUGUACAAAAUAUGUAUUGUCCAACAAAUGAAGUUACAAUUUCAGAUGUGGAACCAAGAUAAGAAAUUGAUCUUA